AACACAAACAACAACACAAGGCACCGGGAACAACACAAAUAACACCACAAAAUAAUGAUAAGGCACAUCCACAAAAAACGCCGUAUUAGAGAUUCUCAACAAACGUCACUGCCUGUAGAAUAAUUUGGAGUCGUAGCUGUAUCGCAGCAAGGUGCCGACAGCAGUCGCUGUGCGCCACUAUGUAGCGCUGUAAUAACACUCGAAGAAGAAAAUGUCUGUUUAUAUCCACAUGUUAAUGGCGUGUCAAGCUAAAAUUGUAUACCUUAUAUGAGUGAAAAAACAGUAUACUGAGUUCCAUUUAUAUUAUUUUAGCAUAUUUACUUUGGCUGAAGAAACGUACUAAACGUACUCGAUAUGGAUGAUAUAGAGGCUGAGCUGAAAAUCGACUCUCCAGGGAAUGAAACGACAAACCAGGAGAUUAUUAAAAACCCACUUCACAUUGAAGCACCAUCCAAAUACUACGAAACUGGCUUUCAUAGAUCCAGCAGAAAGUGUCUGAAGGUCAUCAGAGAUGCUAUGCUGCAUCACAACUGGCAGAAGGCUGCGGAAUAUUUCACAUCUUACAUUCAAACUCUGGAGGACACCACUGUCACCAGUGCACAUCUCACUCGUGAUGUCAUUUGGAGACUCGGCGCAGAGAUUCUACAUCAUCUCGCUAAUGCCAGCAUUGAUGAUUUUAAUGCUGUGUAUGAAAUUAUGAAACAUGCAGGGGUCUCAAACUAUGCUAAGAUCUGUUUGGAACACGCGUUUCAUCUCCUGCUGAACGGACAGUCGGAUGAAGCCAAGCGACAGCUGUCCAGCGCAAGUCACUGGAGGUACGGCAAACUGACGGACGCUCAGUCUCUGGAGAUGAAACUCAUCCAUGCUUACUGUGGCUUUCUGGAUUACUUCAUCUGGAGCAAUAAGAUAUCCACCACACCAGAAACAGAGGACGUCAGCAGUUUGCAGGAGAUCUCCAUGUACUUCAGACAAGCUUCAGUGACUCUGCAGGAGAUUAUAACGCGUCCGGGAAUCUGGGACCCCUUUGUGUUGAGUUACAUCACUAUGCUGGAGCAUAACAACAGUCUAGAUGAGGCGCUGAAGGUUCUGCAGAAUUACGCCUACAACAAAGAUUUCCCAUCGAACCCAAACGCUCACGUCUAUCUGUAUCAGUUCCUCAAGAGACACAACGCUCCACAAUCUGCACUCAUCUCAUCAUUAAGGAUUCUGCAUUCUGCUGUCCCGAGUCACAAGCUGAUGUUAGAGUUCUGCUCUCUUUUACUGAAAAAACAUCAAGACACGGCUUUAAAAGAAGCUCUCUGUGCUUGUAUGGACCUUCUCGAGUUUUCCAGCUGGAAAUGUGACCGGGAUGCAUGGAAAUGUCUUCUGAAAAUCCUGCAGCGACCCAAGAACGAACAUAAUAUGGUGAAAGAGGAAUGGGCCGUCAGAAGAUCAUUGUGGAUGGCCUUUCACUUCAGACCUUACAUCAUCAAGACGGAGUCGCAGAAGGACGUCAGACUUUGGAGAAUCAAGGAGAGAGUUUUAAAGCUUCUGGGUGAAGACUUACACAUAGAGGAUACUAGAAAAUCUCCCUCAGGGCAGAGAGACAGACAUCAUAACGCCAGUGAAGACAACGUCGACGGGUCUGAAUCAUAAAUAAACAUGAAGAUUAUAAGAAGAUUUCCAGAUCUUUUAUGUGGAUUGUCAAUAAAUGUCAAAAAAUCAAUUCAGCAAGUUUACAGACGGCUUUAAAUGUGUCCAAGAGAGGGCGCAGAUGCUGCAUUUAUAAAGCCGGCUGUAGUCCAGAAAAGAUUCUUUCAAACAAACAUGUUUGUCUGACAAAACCCUGCACACAUUCACGUGUGCUCCAAAACAAGAACAAUGAUGCCAAGAAAUGCCUUUCUUAGAUACAUUCAACUUUAUAAUUAAAGUGUUUUGGAUCGAAAAGUUGGUUUGGAAAAUAAACGUCAAGUUGAGA